AUGACUCAAGCGAACCCCCAUCUUCAUCAUCGACGCACUCCCUCCUCUAAUGGCUCGAAAGUGAGAACCUCGCGACCGGCGCUGCAUCGGAAAGGCACAUAUUCUGUGAAUCAUCCCAUCUCGAAGCUAGGCUCUGGGCAGGUCAGGCGUCCGGAGCCCGAGAGUCAGCCCGACAUGGCGGCCAGUUUUUUGAAUUUCUGUGCCAUGUGCGAGAGACAGAUCACGGUGCCGGAUAAUUCUCUUCUCUAUUGCAGUGAAAGCUGUCGUCGCAAAGACUCGCACAAACCACUCUCCGCGUCCUUCCCAUCGAGUGGCUCGAUAUCCUACUCGAGGUCUCCGCCCACCUCUCCUCUCGUCUUUUCUCGAAUGAUCGUUGCCCCUAUGAUUCCCACCAAAGUCCCCGUCAAAUCCUCCCCGGCCAUCCGGAUACCCACAGACUUCCAUGACUCCAAGGUAGAUCAGGACCCCUCCGAAUGGAAGCCGGUAAUACCCGCGGCUCAUGGCAGUACGGGGUCGCUGGCGUCCUCGGAGGCCUGGCAUUAUCUUGCUCAAUUCCACGGCGGCGAACCAUCGUUCCCGAGGCGUCGCCACGGUGCCGGUCAUCGCAGCUCGGCCAGUUUGUCCACGCUCAUGAGCGCAACGGCGCCUGUUCCGUCUUUGACCCAUACUCCAUCCACCACUGCAUCGUCUUUCAGCAGCACGGCGUCAGACUACAUCAGUUACAUGCACGACUCGUCCCAUCGUCCGUUGCCUCCUCGCCACAAUCCCUACUUUUCCAGUAUCUCCGGCGUCACCAAGGGCGUGGAACUCGUGGUGCCUCAUGUGGAGACCCCAUCUGUGCAUGCCAACGCUGUGGAUAUGUCCGACAGUGGCUCAAUCUUCCCUGCCAGCAGCUCCCUCUGGAAUGAGAGUUUGGCAGGAAAAACUCCUACCGAAACUGUGACCAAGACUCCGAGCGCUCUUGAUUUGCCCAUCAUGUUGAAGCAGGAGUCUUUGUGA